AUGUGGAAAAUUCUGUCCUCGCUUUUGGUCGCCCAAAGCGUCAUCAUUCCUCACGGCAAUGAGUCCUCUUCUGUGAUAUCUCGUCUUCAAAAUUUGAAACCGACUUUAGACCACAUCCGACAAAUCUCAGGAACAGCAGGGACAUCGAUCGGCGUGGUUCAUCAUGGCCAAAUCAUUCAUAAGGACAACCUGGGAUAUCGUGACGUUGCGGCUGAAAUUGUGCCCGACUCGCAGACACUGUAUGGUCUAGGAUCCCUCACAAAAUCGCUCACUGCUAUUGGAAUUGCAAAUAUGGUUCAUGAAGGUCUUCUUUCAUGGGACACACCUGUGAAGGAUGUACUUCAGGAUUUUGCGCACAAAGACCCAUGUGUUGCAAAAUUGACAACUGUCGUUGAUUUGUUGGCCCACCGUACUGGUCUGGCUGGUGAUAUCUCCCUUACCUUCCAGGGUGACGGAAAGGCCCUUUUACCCGCAGAUCAACUAUUACCCACAUUCAAUCAAAAUGACCGAGUGGUUCCUUUUCGAAGUGAAUGGGUCUACAAUAGUUGGGGGUAUUCGAUUGCCGGUCUCAUUAUCGAAAAGCUCUCGGGCGAGUCUUUGGGUUCCUAUCUGCAAAAGCAUGUGUAUAAUGCAUUUGCCAUGGGAAAUACCACAACACAGUUUUCCUCUCUUCACAGCAAUAAUGUAGCCGAACCGUAUGCAACCGACUCAAAUGCGACACCAGUGCAUCUACCGAGUGCGAUGAUCUUCGAAAAUUCUCUCUUUGAGGCUGCCGCGGGAGCUUACUCUACAGUGGAUGAUAUGCUCAAUUAUUCAACGGCUCUGCUUGAAGCUUAUAAAAAUGUCCAUACUUCAGAUAAGCUCCAAAACCUAUUCUCCAGCCAUAUCCCCGUGUUGGGGCCCUCUUUUCGGGAACGUGCGUACGCAAUGGGGUGGAUACGCACACAACUCCCAGGAGCGCUCGGCAUAAUGGGCGAGAAUUUCGACAUAAUCGGCGAAGCAGAACAGCUUCCUGAACUUGGACGAGGAUCGCCAUCGAUGCUUUGUCUAUACCACCAGGGUUCAACAGCAGGGUAUUAUAGCAACAUUGCGUUAUUCCCAGAGACGCAGUCUGCUAUUGUUGUCCUCGCCAACUCAAUUUCACUCACUGAUCUUCCGGACACAAUAUCGCAGAGUAUCGCGCAGGUGCUGUUUGACUUUGUGGAGCCCAUUGACUUUGUUGCGUUCACGAAAAAGACAAGUGCCAAGCUCAUUAGCCAGUAUGAGCAACAAGCGGCACUCAUUGCAACACAGCGGCGCUCAGGCACACGAGACCUUCCUCUUGAGAGUUUUGCGGGGCGGUACUGGAAUAGCCUUAAAAAUUUUGUCUUGGAAAUUCGUGUAGGAGCUAAGAACGACGCGCUGGAGCUUUUAUUCCAGAGCUAUGAAAGCCAAUUGUAUCAUUUACGCCAUUUAUACGAACAUACGUUCGAGUGGUCUCUAUCACUAGAUGAGGAGGCUAAAAGGGGCAGGUAUCACAUCACGGAUGCUGAUUACUUUCUCAUUCAUUUUAGCUCGCAUCAAAAAUUGGUUAGUGGGUUGGUUUGGGCAAAUUAUUCAUUUGAGAAAAGUGCAUGA